AAACGCGUUUUCUUCCUACCGUUAGCUCGACGCUCGUGCUGCAUCCUGCGCGGUGGGGUAUCGGAGAGAGAGGGGGACUCGUGGAUCCAGUCCGGGCUUCUCCAAAUGCUACCAGACAACGACAGUGGUCUUGGACCGGACGGACGGACAGCGGCGGGACAGCCAGGCGCGGGACCUACGGGGAACAUGGCGGCGGGAACAACGACCUGCUCGGUACCGUAGCAACGAGAAAUCAGAGGUACGACGCGGCUCGUGGGCCAGUAACGGAGGAGCAUCACUUAACGCAGAGGAGAUGAGGGGAAACUUGAAGGUUGCAGCCCGUUUCUAAGCAACAACAAUAGCAACCCAGCGAGCGGUACCACACAAACACAAUGGGCUACAAGAUCUCCGGGGCGGCGAUGGACAGAGUCAGCCUGCUGUGGCGCCUGAGGCGUCGGGCUCGGCGUGGAGUGGUCUGCAUGACCCUCUUCUGCAUCUCCAUGGCUCUGCUCUACGCCAUCUGUGCAGAAAACAGCGUGCCCGUCACGGACGCCAUCUUCGGGGUCCGGGCAAGGACCCGGGCUCAGCCUCGUACACACUCUGUCGUCAAGGUGCUGCGAGGGGGAGCCAAGCCCAUGUACGUAGACCCCCAGAAGCUCCCAGGUGUUGUCCCAGGUGACCCCAAGCGUCCAAUCCCUGUCCUCUCUGCUCCAAACCGAACCCAGGAAGCUGUCGAGUCAACGUCGAAGCGGAAGACGAAAGACAGAGAGCCCUCUGGGUUUUUCACCCGGAUGCUGCCACGCCCCUUCACUCGUGCACUGGAGACCCUGUUUGGAGGCCGGCGGAAGGGGGAGCUGAGCGGAAGAGGAGACUCAGAGUUCUUCGGGCCCAAUGGGCUUCUGGGGGAGGUUUGGGGUGACGAGAUGUCCAGUAGCAUGCUGGGAAACAGGCUGAAGAAGGUGGUGCAGAAUUAUCAGGCAAUGAAUAAAUAUGGCGUUGAGUUAUCUGGACCCGGCGGAGUGGCCAGCAGGCCCAAGCUAAGUGGCCCGAAGCUCCUCUGCCAAAUGAAGGAAAAGGUAGAGGUGCUAACUUUGACCUCUGACCUCCACCCGUUCUCGUUGCUGCCCUGGGCCUCUCUGCUGCCGCAGCAGCAGCUGACCUCUGAACUCGGACCCUACAAGAGCUGCGCUGUGGUGGCAUCUGCAGGGUCGCUCCUCAACUCUGGACUUGGCAAAGAGAUAGACUCUCAUGAUGCUGUGAUGCGCUUCAAUGCCGCCCCUACCACUGGCUAUGAAAAGGAUGUUGGGUCAAAAACCACGAUGCGCCUCAUCAACUCACAGUUGAUGGCAUCUGAUGACCACCGCUUCCUCUCCAGCUCUCUGUACAGCUCAGGUACUCUGCUGGCCUGGGACCCCGCCCCCUUCUCUGCUGACCUCACUCAGUGGCUCAACAAAACGGACUACCCCAUCUUCACCCUGUUCCAGAGAUACAGGAGGCUCCAUCCUAUGCAGCCCUUCUACAUCCUCCAUCCUCGCUAUGAGUGGCAGCUGUGGCAACGAAUACAAGACAACAUGGCCGAGCCCAUUCAGAAGAACCCGCCCUCCUCUGGCCUGCUUGGCACCGUCCUGAUGAUGUCUCUAUGCGAGGUGGUGCACGUCUACGAGUUUCUGCCAUCCCGCAGGAAGACCGAGCUCUGCCAUUACUACCAGCGCUUCUCUGACGCCGCCUGUACGCUCGGUGCCUACCACCCGCUGUUCUACGAGAAGAACCUCGUCAAGAGAAUGAACCAAGGCCUUGACCGCGACAUCUUCACCCACGGACGAGUCACUCUGCCCGGCUUCAGCCAGCUGAACUGCACCCAGGCUGCUGGCAGAAAAACCGAGCACUGAGUGGAGGAUGUAGCACAGGAACACACACACACAGACACACACGCGCACACGCGCACACACACACGCGCACACACACACACACACACACGCAUCCACACACCCAUAGGAGUCCAAGCAGAAUGCUGCAUGAGGACACGGAUGGAUGAGGAGAGACGCAUGAACACUUCACACCCACUGCCGAACCAAAAGGAACGCUGUGCCACCCUCUAUAAAUAUAUCAUACUGUUAUUAUAGGCUGUGAAAACACAUACACACACACACACACACACACACACACACUCAAUCAACUGAUGGAUGUGCCUGAUCUUUACACGUACAUGUCCUUACAGGGACCUUCCUCUGGUUAUCCCUGAACUCUUAAUACUAGAUCUUAAAGGACCAUACCGCUGUUUUUCAAAUGUUUCAGUCAAUAAUACAUUAUUGUUUAAUAAUCAGGAGUUUAAAGUGUUUAGGGGGUUGGUGUUUCCAGAAAACGAUUUUGUUUACUUUAUAAACGGGUGCUUAAUUCACAAACAUAGACAGUAAAACAGCUGUAUGAGCAGAGAGCGAGGCGGAGAAGGGCAGGGAGAUCACACAAGAGGAAUUAUUCAAUAACUAACAUAGCUUACCUGCGGCCAGUGUAAAUUUAUGACGUCUGGUACAACCUGCAGAGUAUGUGUGGGUGGCCACAGGCUAUGUGAGCAAGGGGAGACAAUCUGCUGGUACAAUGAUCACAGACUGACAUCUCAUACGGGUAUACAAGUAAAUGUAAAACGGCCCUUUGGCGGCCCGCCCAGGUAUCAUCUACAUGGGAAACACUGAAUGUCUGCAUGGCUGUAACGCCCCGCUUCGGCAUCACAAACAUCGGCAUGAUGCUCAAAAACAGCAGCAUGGUUCUUGAUCAUAUGAUUUUGAUCCGUUUACUUUCCAAAGUGUUAAAGUGAGCCGUAAAGAGAGAGACUGGCGGGAUUAACGUCUACCUUAACAUAUUAGUCAUUCCACUGUAGGGUACUGCUCUCGUUCUCUCCCCUCCAUCUUUUACUUUGAGCUUAAACUGGUUUUUAAUUCAACAUUCUUCUAAUAUUUUUGAUUGCAGCUGCUCUGUCUGGAACUGCCAAGUUAUUUUGGUUCCCUUUUUGAUCAGUCGUUCACUGCUGGUAACACUUCCGUAACAUCCCACUCACACUGAGGACCAAUCAGAUUCUGCGCUGAGACUCGGCUCAAUCUGAUGUUUUCUCAGAAGAACUUAGAAUCACAUAGGGCCUGAUCUACUAAGAUCUCAAAUAAAGAGCGCUAUAUUGCGUGUGCAAACUAAAACAUUGCACGUGCUAUUUCUGGGCAUGUUGCGGGUGUUCUACCAUGACUGCGUUUGCAAAUGAUAACAAGUUCAAAAGUGGUGCGGACCGCCCUAUUUCAUUGAGGAUUUUGCGUGUGCUACCGGCUGUCACCAUGGAUGGUUUGGUAGAGCAGAGUGGCCGUAAACGAAAAAUGAAGUUUGAAGCCAUGGAGUUGGAGGUCUUGGUGGAGGAGGCAAAUAAACACAUUGGUGAACACCAGCAGAGACAUCUCAGCGUUGACAGAAGAAACGCAAUUUGGGAGGCCAUCUGUGAAAAGGUGAAUGCUGUGAGAAAAAACAGAAGAUCCUCCGAUGACCUAAAAAGAAGAUAGCAAGAUAUCCGCAGAAGAAAAAAGGAAAACUUUCCCAUAAUAAAAUCUCAGCUCAUUCUAAUAUUGGACACAUUUAAUUAGUUCAAAAUUAAUUUGCUUUGUGUGUCUCGUUGAAUAUAGAAUGGAAAAAAAAAUAAUUUCAUUAUUUGAAAAGCGUUUUGUAAGUUGUCUGUUAUGACUGUAAAAAUAAUGUCUAUCUCUUUUUUCUUAAAUGGAGAAUCUUCAUCAGAUGUCUGACAAACCCCGCCGUAUUCCUCAAAUAAUCUCAGACCAGAAAACACCUCAGCAGAGCCCCGAAGGCGUCUAGAUUGUUAUGAUGAUAUUGAUUGGGAGUUGCUGCAGCAAUAAAGAAAUGAGACGGAUGGGUUACAGGCCAUUGAUCAGGAGGUGAGAGCUGUGUCCAAUGUUGUACAUGCUCCGCCGGGACAUUCGUUCAUUACACACGGGCUGACACUAGGAGAUGCCGGUACUAACGCAAUAGUGCGCUGGAAUGAAUCCAGAUGCAAGAAAAUGCAGUGUUGCAAGGAGUUUUCCAUAGGAGAUAUGGCAUGGUUCCUUUUUGUGACUGCCUCUAAAUCAGCCCUUAAUUAGGUCAUCCAGCAGCUCAAAAAUGGCAUUGCUGGAUAGACGAUAUGUCUCUAUUUUUUUUAUUUCUGACAGUCCAAAUAUGUUGACACGCGCACAGAGGAUUCUCUCUGUCCGUCGUCUGUCAUUGCACCUUUGCCUCCUUCUCGCCACAUUGACCGCAGCCAUUUGUGCGUAACGCUGUGCCAGUUUGCACCUGCCUUUCGAACGUGCUAAAUAUAGAUGCAAAAACACCACCUGCUAUCUGCUUCAGGUUUGAUAAAUCACAUUGCGUGUGCUUAAUGAUUACAUUUGCAUCUCCUCCUCCCAGUAUUUCGCACGUGUGGAUAAUCUGCAUGUAUUCUGCAUUUUCAUGAAGGCAAACACGCUUAAUUGAUUACGAGUGCUGUUUUGUUCAUUUGACAGACGCAAUCCUCGGUGCGACCGGUUAGUGCAUCUGCUUUGCUUGCGCUAACAAGUUUGCACGUUUUAUACACGCAAACCUUUAGUAGAUCGGGCCCUUAGUGUUUGUGGGAGAGACAAUAAAACAUGCUUUGGUUUCAGAUGACUCAGUUUAAUGAAUAAUUUACUGCCCUGUUUUCUGGGCUUAAAGUCAUCAGUCUGUUUCAAAAUGUGAUUGUAUUUAUUCUCACACUGGGAAAGAGGUUAAGUUCACAUACAACAAGGAGCCACUGCAUUAGAUAGAGAAUACUACACGGGUUCAAGUUACAAAAGUGCAUCUUUUCUCCAUGUCAGAAUGUCUGUCCUCACUGUUGUUGAUACAAAGUCCUAAAAACAAGGAUUUCAGGUCAAUCAAAGCAAAUAAAUAGAAAACAAUAUGACGUAGGCACAUUUUGAAGGCAAACAUGAAUAUAAUUCUGAAGUUAUAAACCAUAAAUCAAUAAACGCACCAGGUGUAUUUUUCCUUCUUUUGAAACUAAUAACAAAUAAAUGUUGCACUGCUCCUUUAAAAAACCUGUGUAGUUGAUUUAAAUGGUCAGAAAGCUGAUGAAUGUCUCCACAAGACACGCUCAUACAUGCACACACCUUGCAGAGUGUAUCUACUGAAGAUUAUACUGCCUGCAGACGACUCUCCUCUCUAUGUUUGAAAGCAACACGAUAAACAGACUAAUACUGAUUUUGUACCGUUUGUCCACCCUGUAACAACCUUUACCAAUAAUCAUUUUUUAAUGGUAAUAAAUUGUAAAUAUUAUAGCAGUGAUAACCCUGAGGACUUGUUUUAGUGUGAUACUUCAACAUUAUAAAGUAAAGUCAUGCUGAUGAGGUUAUGCUGCUUUGGUUUUGUGAGCGAAAGAAAUACUUUGUCAUUUAAUUUUACGAUUUUUUAUUUUUUUCAUUGGAAAUAUGAACUUAAGUUAUAUUAGGAAUACCACCAAGAAAUCAUACUCCAAGGAAGUACUCCAAUACUAAAGGUAGCUUGUUAGUCUUGUUGUGAAAAUCUGCUACUUGCCAUAAGCUAGCUAGCAUGUUGACCUUCAAAUUACAUUUUUUUUCUGCGGUAAUGAAGGAAUGAGAAAUAGAAAUAGUGGCAUUUAAAUGUUUAUUCUAAACUUCCGAUCAGUUUUGAAAUAACUAAACCUCUUGUCUGCUCACGCGUCUGAAUCUCAGUCGUAUUUUGAGUAUGAUCACAGUAAAGGAAACGUCCUCAUGGUAUCAUAACUUUUAUUCUACUGUUACCGCUGCAUGUGCAUAAUCUUUAAGUGUUUUCUCCAAAGUAGAGUAGCAACUGGAGAAAACAAUAAUUAGCUUUAUCUCUGAUUUACAGAGAAAUGAGUCGCAUGGCACACAUUUACUAACAUUGACCCACGAUAUGAAACGUGAUGUUAAGCACUGUCACAUGUGAGCCAGGUCAUUAGCAUGCAAGCACAGACUGGGUUACAGCGUGAGCGUGCAAGGCUCCACGAAAGUAUGUGUUUUUUAUAAAGAGAGUCUUUUCUUGAAUAUGAAUACCUGGAAAGUACACUGAACUAAUGCACCACCAGGAGGCGCAUCAGGACACCAAACAGUACCUACUCUUUUUGAUUUUGUGACUUCUGUGGUCCCAUUUUCACCUGGCGCCCAUCUUCUGGUCAUUUUUUAUUCCUGUUUUUUUUUCUAAUAACAUUCCUGAACUGUAUUCGUACUUUGUGUUUAGCGCUCGUUAGCAACUUUUAGCAUGCUAACACGCUAAAUUAGGAUUAGGAACAUGGUUCUGCUGAACAUCAGCAUGUUAGCAUCGUUAUUCUGUGCAUGUUAGCAUGUUGAUGUUAGCGUUUACAUUGUAAAUAUUUUGUUUGUUGAUGAUGACGCGGUAAUGAAGCUGCCGCAUUUAUGGUUCUGUUUUAGUUUUGCAUUCCGGGGCCUCUGGAUGUGAUCGGGUCAAACACAGUGUACAGAUGACUGCAUGUGGCGAUAAGGAGCUGAAAUGUUAGCCCUUAGCAUGUCAGUGUUUUGAAAAGAAACGUACUCCAGAAAUAAAACAGCUGCUCUGUUGGUUUUGUAAUCAUUCUACUUUCAUGUCUAUACCCGGACGUUGUUGUUCUUUUAGGAGGCAAACACUUGAAUUAUUGAUGUCAUUGCAUUUAAGAGGAAAUCUAGGAGAACAUUUCUCCCUAUGCAGUCGCCCCAUCGUCCCAGCUCCUGCUCCUUUAAUUUCAGCCAUCAGUGUUUGUUCCUGUGAGACCUUCUGACGUUUUAGUUUUGCUUGCAGAUGCACUUUUUCCUCAUUUUGCCUUUGUCCUCUUUGUUUAUGAGGGGAUGUUUGUGGAGCUGUGACUUCACGUGGUUAUUGAAUAUAUUAUUUAACAACUUUUUACUCUGUUAUACUGUUUUCUUUUCACUCAAUGUAAGAACAAAAAUUCUAAAGGAAAAUUGUCCCCUGCACUUUGUUUGAGUCUUUUUGUUUUAAUCAAUCUCUCUUUCUGGUGUUUUGAGGAUUCUUUGAGGACGCUGUGAGGUUCAGACUUUUGGUUUUUAAUAAACAGUGUCAACAUGUAAAGUACACCCUAAAACUGAUUCAGGUAUGUGUUGUCUCUUUGGUGAUUCUUUAACUUUUAAAACAGUGCCCCCAUCAGAUUAGGCUCCUUACUACUUCUACCACUACUACUGAAUCAGUUAGCACUGAACUUUGUAUGUCCAUUCCUGGUUCACAGAGGAUAUACCUUUAGGACAUCUGUUGUUCUGUGUGAAUCUGUAGCAUCUCCAUGAGGCAACAUUUGUGGGUUUUAAGUAAAUUUCUCCACAAUUCUUGGAUUGGUUGUCAUGGGGUUGGUUUUAAACAACAAUGGUUCCGAGAGGAUGAACCCUUCUUACUCUGGAAGUCAUUCCACCUCAGAUGAGGCAGACAUUCGUGAAAAGGUCUUUUUUUGGGUAGUUAUCAGAAAUUGUUUGAUGUAUUUGAGUUGACUUAUCCUCUGGAGCAACUUAACAUUCUUUGGAUGUAUUCCAACUUGAUUUGGUACACAGAUUCAUGGCCCAAGAGGGUACACCUUUAGGACUUCAGUUAUUCUGAGUUGACAUUCUUGGUUCUGGGAAAACUUCUCAACAAGUAUCAGAUGGGUAUUCUUUGAAUUUGUUUGAGACAGUCGUUGUUCCCAGAGGAUGCAUCCUCAUAACCUUGAUGAUUCUAACUCUUCAUGAAGUACCACCGUGACGCUUUGGUUUUGUUUGAAAGGAACUAGAGGAUGAACCAAUUGUUCACACAUUCAAGUUACAUUGCAAUAACUUUGGUGAUAUCUCAACACGUCAUGUAGCGCCAUCAUCUGGCCACAUAACAAAUUGAUUAAGUGCUUUUGGGAAUGACUGCAAUGAUAAUGACACAUUUUUUAAACUGAACUCUUUUCAGUGAAGCAACUUUUACAAAAUUGAAUAAUCUGAAAGGAAAAAAAUAUAUAUAUUUUAUGACAUUUUAGUUAACGAACAUCUCCACUGCCGAGUCAUGACACAUUAAAACACUUCACGGCUUGUUACUGUGAGCCCUGUCCCUGCCACUCUGGGUUACCCGUAACCCGUACAGUAUAUUUGAACCCUGCUUACAUCAGACUCCAGGACUCACUACUGUCAGUGUUCAAGCUUCUGUUUUAUUUAUAUAUAUAUAUGAUCAAAGCUGUAUUUUCCUCUCUCUGUUACAAACACUGUAGGUGAACUGUUUACAUGCUUGGUUAAUGGCUUUGUGUUCCACAUGUCAUUGUGUCUCUUUAGUGUGAGCAGGAGGUUGUGACAGUGUGGAGUGAAACACAUACAGAUGUUGAGAUGAAGUAAAUACGUGUAUAUGAACUUUAAAACUGAGGUCAAUAAAAACUGAGAACAAUGAGA